AUGUUGACAAUGUCCGGCCCAGCAUCGCCAGCCCUGGAUCUGACGCAGCCGAUAUCGCAGUUUUCGGCUUCUCUCUUUGCCAAACUGCCGGCCGAGAUUCAACUCGAGACUCUAUCCUACUGCCAACAGAACGACCUCGUCUGCCUCUCACUGUCAUCGCACUAUUUCCGGUACCUCACGCUGCGCUUGAUCCCAAAGAAGCCUCACUUGCAGCUGUACGACCAGAAUCUACCUCCGGAAGCCAUAUCUUGCGCGUGUGGCAACAAACUCCCAGUCGGUGUGGCCCAAAACCCCUAUGCUCAUCGGAAACGCCGGCAUGAGUACAUCGUCAAUUCAAUGCCUAGAGUGCAGUCGGAUAGCCAUAUCUGCCAGCAUUGGUCGUCACCUUGCCGAGCAUACCCUCCAGAGCAUCCAAUGUGCCGGCUUCCCGGGUGUAGACACUGCAUGUGCAUUUCAUGUCCGCUGUAUGUGAGACUACGCAGUUGGAUUGGGAAAGAGUUGCGGUACUGCUCGAAAUGUUGGAAGUUUACCAAGCGGGAAUGGACAAAGAAGUACAACGGAAGAUGUCUUCAUGGUCGACCCAAAGUUCGUAGAACAUCAAACAAUCACUGGACAGCCGUAAAGGGCCGAUCGUACGGAGAUCGCUGGUGGAACCGAUGGGGGACUAGAGGUGUUGAUAGCUGGGGUUUCGACGAUGAAAAAUAUGUGAAGGGGUUUUGGUCCAAUCUGGAAAAGAGAAGAAAUGCAAGGAUAGUGUAG